GUUCCGAACACAUCUUCACUUGACCAAUUCCCAGCCAAAGAAACUCCCCGAGCCGCCCGCGCUAUCCUCGUUAUUCUUCCCGUCUCUGCCUUUCCCGCGCUAGCCGAGCCAGUUCCAUUCCAUCUCUCUGUCCUGAACACCCUUGAGGUCGAUCACUCAGACGCCAACGAACGAGCGCGCGCGCCGGGAUGGCAAGCAUCUUCUGGGGCGGCGCCAAGGCCGACGAGGUCGCCGACUUCGAUGAGUACGACCCCACCCCCUACGGCGGCGGCUACGACAUCGCGCUCACCUUCGGCCGCGCUCUCCCGCCCUCCGACGAAACCUGCUACCCCAUCUCCACAGCCACCACCUCCUCCUCAUAUGAGAGCCACGGCGCGGCUGACCAGCAUCGCAGGAGGCCGCAGGAGCAGGAGAGCCACGGGUCGGCAGGGUACGGCAGGAGGCCCCAUGCUCAGGAGGAUGAGACUCACGGCUCUGCUGCUGUCUACGGACACGGGAGGAGAGCGCACGACGACGAUGAUGAUGCAGGUGGGUACCGGAAGCCAAAGCCGGCUUACGACGACGACGAGGGAGGGUACCGGAAGCCGAAGCCGGCGCACGGCCACGACGACGAUGAGCGGCCCAGCUACGGCCGCAAGAAGAAUCGCGAUGACGACGAUGAUGAUGACGAUGACAGGAAGCCGCGUUACAAGAAGCACGAUGAUGAUGACGACGACGAUGACGAAAAGAAGCAGCGCUACAGGAAGAACAACCGCCGCCGCGACGAUUACGAUGAUUGAUCAAACCAUGCGUCCUCUACUGAUGGUCACGGUGUUCCCAGUGCAUUUGACUCGCGCUGAAUAAGCAAGGAUGUGACCGCUUCCCUUCGCUGAAUUUCCGUUUGAUCUUUCCUUUUACUUUCAGGAUUUUCGUUUUGUUAUUUUUUGGUAAGUCUGUGUAUGGACGCAUGGUUGAUUCUCUUGUAAUACAAUGUACGGCUUCAAUUGCUUGAAAAUGC